AUGACCUUUUUAUCCCGUUCUUCAAAAGCGACUGAAGAAGAGCUUCCUGCUUACGAUCAUCAUGAUGAAGCAGCACCAGCAUAUUCCAAUGAAAAAAAUGUAAAACCUGAAAAAAGUGAUUCAAAGAAGCGUGAAGUACCAGUAGUGGAUUUCGAACCUAUUGAAUUCAACGGAAAGAUGGUUGAUUGGGAUUACAUGUGCUAUAAUGAAAACUUCCUGAGUGAAAUAUUAACUUUCGUGUCACAGGAUGCCAGAGCAAAGUUUAAGGCACUCAAAGGAUCAGAAGGACAGAACUUCGACCAUGCGCUUGAACUUCAAAGAGAAGGAUUUGCCAUGCCAUUACUAAGAACCGAUCAUCAUACAUUUGCAGCUUUGCAUUCGACCAGAUAUAUGUCGUUUUACAAAUUCAUUCCUCCUCCUGUCAGCGAGAAUAGGCUAUUUGAUAGGAAGAAAGAUAAGUUCAAAUUCUGUGAGGCUACGAAGGAAAGAUGUGCAAGCUAUUAUAAAUAUGAACUAAAGUUUACUCCAGAUCCACAAGAUCCCAAAAAGAAUUUCAGUCUUUAUAUGAUAGACCAUCAUAGGUACCCAAUAAAAGAUAUAUCUUUAUAUAAUGGUCAAAGAUUGAGAUGGGUCGCUGAUAAUAGUUGGCGUAGAUCAAAAUGGUCUUACACUUUAAAUAUAUUACGUGAAAAUCAACCUUCGUUAAUUGAUGAUUUAGAUUCAAAUGGUAGAGUGAACAAAAACAACCCUUUACUAGGAAAUGCAUGGAAAAACAAUUUGUUGCCCAUGACGAAACCAAGAGAGGAUUUUGUUGGUGAUCAAAUCGGAGUUGCUCUAGAAACUCUGGACUACUAUCACUCAAUUCAAUGUCUCCCACCACUUCGAUUUGCUUUCCUGGACAUAAUAAAAGGCGAGAAAGGUGAACACCAUACUGAAUCUAUAAAUUCCGUCAGCCAAGAUUCACUAGUUUUCCUUUGUAUGACAUCUAUCAUCAAGAGAAUUGAAGAUAUCAAGGAAAAUGCAAGAAGAGCAACUUACUAG